AUGUCCGACAGCACCGACAACAAGGAGGGCUCCGGCUUUAUGGGCUCCAUUCGCCGCCUCUCUCGCCGCCUCUCGGGCACCGUCCUCAGCGCCGACAGUCGCGACGUGAAGGCCUACCUGGUGCGGAAUGACAAGCGCAACAUCUACUCCUACGACGGCGAGGACCAGCUCAAAGUGGGCGGCAUCGUCCUCAAGGAGCUCGCCGAAGAGUACGGCACGCCCCUGUACGUCUACGACGCCAACCGCCUCGUCGACAACUACCGCCUCUACCUCGGCUCGCUGAAGAACGUCAAGAACUUUAUGCUCUGCUAUGCGGUGAAAGCGAACCCAAACCUCGCCCUCUUGAACCUUUUUUACAAGCUAGGCGCCGGCUUUGACGUCGUCUCCGGCGGUGAGAUUGCCCGCUGUCUGGCCGCCGGCGUCGACCCCGCGAAGAUCAUCUUCAGCGGCUGCGGCAAGACGGUGGAGGAGCUGACGGUGGCGGUGAAGGCCGACGUGCAGUGCAUCAACGUGGAGAGCUGGGAGGAGCUGGAUCGGAUUGAGGCGGUGGCCAGUCGCCACAAUAAGAUGCAGAACAUCUCCAUUCGCGUUAAUCCGGAGCUGAAUUUGGAUGGCCUCUCCCACCCGAACAUUCUCACAGGCAGCGGCGGGCACAAGUUUGGCGUACCGAUCGGCGAGGCGGUGGCCAUCUACAGCCGAGCGAAGGCGAGCGCCAGCCUGAAGAUCAAGGGCAUCAGCUGCCACCUGGGCUCGAACAUUGACAAGCUGGAGCCGUUCAUCGAGGCGCGAGAUCGCCUACUGGCCCUAGCUGAUGAACUGCGCCAGGAGCUGAGCAUCUGCGUGGAGCAUAUCAACCUCGGUGGAGGCUUUGCAGCGCAGAUUUCCGGCGCCUCGGCGCACGUUUCGGAGACGCCCGCGGCGGACACUAUUCCGCAGUGGGUGGAACGGCUGGCGAAGCCGAUCACCGAGCGCGGCCUGAAGAUGGUCCUCGAGCCGGGCCGCAGUUUGGUGGCCGACGGCGGGGUGCUGCUGACCAAGGUGGAGUACGUCAAGGCGCCGCCGUACGGCCAACAGCACCCGAUUGUGCCCGGCCAGCUGAAGGGCGGCCACGAGGCCUCCGCCGGCCUGACCACCGAGUUCAAGUACAACGUGGCGGGGCCGAUCUGCGAGACGACGGACGUCUUCCACCGAGACCUGGUGCUGGGGCAGAAGCUGGAGUCGGGUGACUACGUCAUCAUUGUCGAUGCUGGUGCUUAUGGCUCCUCAAUGACGAGCAACUACAACACGCGGAACAAACCGGCCGAGGUGAUGAUCCACGACGGCCACCCGACGCUGAUUCGCGAGCGUGAGACCUACGAGGAGCAGUUUAAGCGAGAGAAGCUGGUCCUCGACCUGAAGCUAAAGUCGCUGAACACGGUGGAGGAGGCGGAGAGUCAGGAGGACCUGAAUAAUGCCGCCUGA